AUGUCUUCCGCAGCGAACCAACGCUUCGCCUUUCCCGACGUACCUCCAUCUCACUCCGCUGGCGAUCAUGAGAUGCGGAACUACUACGCCCCCCAGGACGCACCGCGACCUGUCACAAACCAAGCACCAUACCUCACACCAUACCUCGGCCUUCGAGCUAGGCUCUCGCAGGUCUGGAUCAACCGCUGGACCAUUCUCCUUCUCCUCGUUCUCGUACGCGUGCUCAUCGCCACUGCCAACCUCAACGACAACCUGAGCUCCGCCCGCUCCGAAGCCCUUUCGGCAUGUACCAGUGUCGAGUCUGUUGGCAGUGCCAUGGCCUCGAUGCCCCACUACAUGUCGAGGGGCGUCAACAAGCUCGCCAUCUCCGGUAUUGAGAAGACCGUCGACGGCCUGAUGUCCAUGCUCGAACUCAUCGUCACCGGUGUGGAAGAGAUGGUCGUUUUCUACAUCGGCCUGCUGACCUCAACCUAUCUCUGUCUCAUUACCCUGGCAGUCCGCGGCAGUCUCCACACUGUCAUCGAGGCUGCCGAGUUCAUUGGUGAUGGCCUGAACAAGACUCUCGACGCGGUCGGAGACGAUAUUGCCAGCGUUGCCGACACUUUCCAGGACGAAGUCAACAAGCUCAUUGACGGCAUCAACAGCAUCCCCCAGAUCUUUGGCGGCGAUGGAAUGGACAAGCUUAACCUGACCUCGCAGAUCGACGAGCUUAAGGAUCUUCAGCUUCCUUCGGGCUACGACCAGGGCUUGGAGAAGCUCAACAACUCCAUCCCCACCUUCGAUCAGGUUAAGAACCUCACUGACAGCGCCAUUCGCCUUCCCUUUGAGCUGGUGAAGCAACUUAUCAACGACAAGACCGGCAACUACACUUUCAAUGACACCAUGUUCCCGGUCCCCGCCAAGGAGAAGCUCACUUUCUGCUCUGACAACGACGGCAUCAACGACUUCUUCGACGGACUUGUUGAGACCGAGAUCGUUGCCAGGCGAGUUUUCAUUGGCGUCAUCGUUGCUCUCGCUGUUCUCGUUUGCGUGCCCGUGGCCUGGCGAGAGAUCAAGCGCUGGCAGACGAUGCAGAGACGCGCUCAACUUAUCAGCCAGAGCGCCUACGACCCGCUUGACGUCGUCUACAUCGCCUCCAGGCCCUACUCGUCGUCCAUCGGCAUCUGGGUUGCCAACCGCUUCGGCUCAACCCGCCGCCAAACCGCCGUGCGCUGGGCUGUCGCCUACGCUACUUCGACGCCGGCGCUGCUGGUCCUCUGCUUGGGACUCGCGGGCCUCUUUGCCUGCCUUUGCCAAUACAUCCUCCUCAAGACCAUUGAGAAGGAGGUCCCAGAGUUGACGCAGCAAGUUGGCGCCUUUGCCGACAAGGUCGUCUUCGCCCUGAACAACGCCUCAGAGUCGUGGGCCAAUGGAACCAACAAUGCCAUCGGAGCCUUCAGCACGGAUCUCAACGACGACCUGUUCAGCUGGGUCAACACCAGCACAAAAGCCGUCAACGAUACUUUGAACGUGUUUGUCGACGAGAUGAGCGACGCCCUCAAUGCAACCUUCGGUGGUACUGUUCUCUAUGAGCCCAUCAAGGAUGUCCUGAACUGCCUCGUUGUCAUGAAGAUCGAGGGGGUUCAGAAAGGGCUUACUUGGGUCCACGACAACGCCCAUGUUACCUUGCCGACGUUGAGCAACGACACCUUCUCUCUUGGCGCCGCUGCCUCACUGUCGGAUGACUCUUCCGAUGAUACUUUCCUCGCGUCUCCUGGCAGUGAAACCGCCGACAAAGUCUCGGGAGCCAUCGUUAAACUCGUCAACAAGCUCAAGGAAGGUGUCCGCAUCGAGGCCAUUAUCUCCACCUGCAUCGUCCUGAUCUGGGUCAUUGUUCUCAUCAUUGGCAUAAUUCGGGCACUCAUGGUCUUCUCUGGCAGCGGUAAAACGCGUGCGGAAGGCGGUCAGCGUUACGUGUCUGACCCCGAAACUGACCGUUAUCGUGGCCACGACGCGCCAGCUAUGGCUGUGGCUUCGCCGCCUCGCCCAAGUGACGCUGCGCCGCCGUACGAGUACGUCAACAAGGCUGCGCCUUACACGAUCGUCCCGCGACCUUUUCCGAACUUCAACCAGCAGCAACACCAGCAAAACAACUUUUCCGAAGUUCCGAUCGACGAUGAGAAGGUUGGGCACGUGGGCGCGUCCCACCCUGUCGGACUUGCCGUGUCGCGGCCUGAGCAGGAGCGCACAAGCAAGGCCGGCAGCAUCGAGGAGACAACGCCAACCAAUGAGAAGUCCAGCAGCGGCAGAAGCUGGAAUCCAUUCAUUUGA